GGUAAUGCACAACCAAAAAGCUGCUUGCCGCGGCAAAUAAACAACAACAGAAGAAAAAGAAGACUACGAAAAAAAGGGGGGUGGGCUGCUUUUGAAAGGACUUGGCAUACGACAUCAGCCUGAAGACGUAGCUGGAAUCUGGACAUUUGGAGACAAUGAUGGCCAUCAGGUUUGAGAGCAGCACGGGACCCUGUCGCUCUGUGGAGAGAACCGUUCAAGAAGAAUCUGACGAAAAGGGGAACUUUGACCCGGAUAAACUUUGCCAGUGCCCUUUCGAUAAGAACCACCAGAUCCGUGCUUGUCGCCUCGCUUACCACAUUUUAAAAUGCAAGAAGAACCAUCCAGAACUGGCCAAGCAGCUCAGAACCUGCCCCUUCAAUGCUUGCCACCUGGUUCCAAGGGAUCAGGUGGCCAGCCAUACUGACACAUGUCCUGACAAAAUUUCAAUGGGCACAGAGAAUGGCGGUGUUGAAAAAUCGAGAAAAUGGGAGGUUCCAGUCACGUCACAAAUCGCCACAGACAUGACUGAAGACUGGGAAAAGGAGAUUGAUGAUGCAGCAGUUCCUUUUAUUUGGGGUGACGAUACUCAGGGAUCAGAAGCCAAAAUGACCAACAGUGUUGCUUCAAAGUUCCGUUUACCCACGUCACUCCCAUGGUAGAUACAAUCCUUUGGACAAAAAUCCACUUUACACAUGAUGGUUGCCAUUCGGGUCAUUGCUGUUUUUUUUUAAAUCAUGUUUGGUUUUAAUUGUUAAAAGCAGCUUUAGCUUUUCAGUUUUUAAAUGUCAUAAUGUUGUGCCUUUUCUUUUUUUAAAUAAACUGUUUGCACGGAA